CCAAACAAAAAAUAAACGGUUGCUUGUGGACGUCGGCGUUUCGCGUUUUUUUCGCUUUUCGCCGCCUGUGUUGUUACCAAAAAGCUUAUUAACAAGAAAAAAGAGAAUCGCAAUAGGCGGUAGUUUGGCGGCAAGAUUGCAUGUUUCAAAUAUCAAAUUUAAAAUUACGAAUUAAAAGAAGUGCAUAGUGGCGAAAAUCAAUAGCAAAGCAAAGUAAAUAAAGUGCAUACGAAUGAGAGUGGAAGUGCGAGGAAAGCGAUAACCAAAUGCAAGUGCGUGUGGGAGAAGAAAGCCAGCGAAUAGGAAAGGCAGACGAAGGAGCCAAGGCGAAGGAGUGGAUAAAGAAGUGCAUUGAGAGACGAGAACAAUAAAUUUCGGUGCGGCGGCGUUGUUUUUUAAUUUACGUGACGCGAAAUUUAAUGCGCUCUCGCAAGCCCCGCUCUCGCCCUCGGUCCACGGCAUCACUCUCUCCGGCUCUCUCUCUCUCUCGCUCUGUUGAAAUUUAACUGCGAACAGGGUCAAAAUAAAAACCCGUCAAAAGAAAUACUUGUGUAUAUAUAAAAUUCUAGGUAUUUCCUACCGUCUUUAGUUUGUGUUACCUUCGCUCUUUAUUUUCUUUUUUGCGGUUAACGCGCGCGUGAUUCAUAAACUCGAUUCUGUUGUUGUCGCACUUAAAAAACAAAAACAACAAAAAAGAAUCUGAUACGGUGCAUUGAACCUGCUGAAAUCAUUGGUUACCAGUAGGCAGCAGCAGUAGCAGCAGCACCAUGGAUAAUAACGUUUGUGCAAUAGUCGAAUACGAGUACGCGGCCAAGGAGCCGGAUGAGCUGGAUCUCCAGAAAGGUGCCAUUAUCCAUCGAAUUAAGCAGAUGCCCGGCGGCUGGUGGCAGGGCACCUUAAAGUCCAAUGGAGUCACAGGAAUGUUUCCGGAUAACUUUGUUCGUGUCCUGGACUCCAACAUUAGUAGCAAUGUCAAUGGAAAUGGAAGUGCAGACCAUAGCGAUGAGGGAACAUCUGUCCAGUUGAGGGACAAAUCCGAGACUUCCAACCGCCGCUGCAAAGUCAUCUAUAGUUAUACACAAGUCAACGACGACGAGCUGACGCUGGCCGUGGGUGAUGUCAUUGAAUUCCUAGGGGAGGUCGAGGAAGGCUGGUGGCGCGGUCGUCUGCGCAGCAAAGUCGGCGUCUUCCCAUCGAAUUUUGUGCAACAUAUCGAGCCGUCACCGAUUUUGGCCUCCAAGCGGCCGCCAACAAUUGGCGCCACCGUGACCACAUCAUCCCUAACGGCCAAGGCGGUAAAUGUAGCAAGUAGCAGUAGCAGCACAUCCACAUCCACAUCCGGCACUGCCACAACGACUGGAACAGCAGCAACCACAUCGAAGCAAUCGACCAGGAGCAGAGCCACGGCGGCAGCAGCAGUCACAUCAGCUCCGCCGGUGGCGGAACCAGCGGCCAUAGGAUCAGUUAUUGGAACGGGUGCAGCCGGUGCUAAUGUACCCAUGUUGCCACCGAAGCCACAGCGGGAAUACUGCCGGGUGGAGUUCCCUUAUGCCCCCCAAAACGAUGAUGAGCUGGAAUUGAAAGUGGGCGAUAUCAUCACAGUGAUCAGCACCGAGCUGCCGGAUAAGGGAUGGUGGCGGGGCGAGAUCCGGGGCAAAGUUGGUGUCUUUCCCGAUAACUUUGUCAAUAUGCUGGCACCAUCGGAAGUUGCCCCCAUCAACGAGCCGCCAGUUACCACAACGCAGCCUCAGACGCAGCGGAAGAUCGGUAGCAUUGGGAACAUCAAUAGUACUGCCAAUAGCACCACCACCAGCCACAUGACCACGACGAAUUCAAGCAAUUCCAGCACCACCACGGUGACCUCGCAGCAGCAGCAGAAGGAGCAGCAGGUUGGCGGCAGCUCCUCUACCACAUCGAAGGUGUACAUCAAGAAGACGGGCAGCAGCAGCAACAGCACCACAAGUAGCACCACCACCAACGCUUCCUCAUCCUCGUCGGCGGGUCGCAAGGAGAGCUUUGGCUCGCGCGAUUCCCUCAACGACAUCCUGAGUGAGACGGGUCUGCCCACCGGCAAUGUGGCCGCCCAGCGCAAGUCGCUGGAGAACAAGAACCUAGACCUAACCAAGCCGCCGGGAGUUGGAGCAGCAGCUGCCGUUAGUCAGCAAAGGAAUAGCACCAGCAACGCAUCCAGCUCGGUUACAGCGGCAUUAGUGUCUUCGGCGCUUAACAAGAGUCUGGAGAAUAUGGAUGAGAAGGUCAAGUCACCGCCACCGCCGGUGCUCAGCAAGAAGCCAAGUGUGCCGCUCAAGAAGACUCCCACUGGUGGUGUACCUGUGGCAGGUAAUCUUCUCGGUGGCAAAAAGAAGAAUCCCGAUGGAAAGCUCACUAGUGCCGUAUCCCAUGAUUUGGCAGAUGGCCUUACGGCCAGUAAAAUGCUCACAGGAUCGAACCAAUUGCCAGAUGCCGGAGCAGCAGGUAACUUGGUGAUGCGAAGGGCAGCCACUAUUGCUGUAGAGGACACAGAUUUUGAUCGCGUGGAGCGAGGAUCGAUCCUCUCGGAUAUGCGACAGGGCAGAGUUAAGGCCCCGAAGCGACGACCUCCAUCGGCAGCCAUCAAUGUACUUGGAGAGAGCAAUAAUAACUCGGUGUAUGUGAACGGCAGCGGAAUGGGCGGAACCGGCGGCGGAGCAGGAAGUGCCAGCGAACUGAGCGAAGACGGUGGAGCAGGCGGAAAGGCCACGGCAGCGACAGCUUCCUCCGAUGACAACUCGACGGGUGAGGAGCCGCAGUUGGCCAAACCCAAGCCACGCGAGUGGGAGAAGAAAAAGGCACCCUGGAUGGAGGAGCUCAAGGCCUCGCAGGUCACGAGGAAAAAGACCUCGCCUAAUGUGGAGCCACGCGGUGCCUCGGUGGCCGAGCGGACAUCCAAGCUCUUUGCCGCUGAUCAAGCGAUUAUCAGUAGCAGUAGCAGCAGUAGUACCACCACGAAAGUGCAAUCCUCGGCGGUGACUUCAUCCAUGUAUGUGGAGAAUUCGACCAGCAGUAGCAGCACCACCACUUCCACAACCACCAAUGAUGCCAUCAUGUCCCGCAGUCUGACUGCCGCUGCCAAGGCCACAGCCACAGCGGCCAGCAGUGAUGAGGAGACAAAAGCAACGCGGCCAAACAGUUUGUCCAUAAGGAAUCAGCGAAGUGUCUCGCCGCUGGUCAAGAGCUCCAAUGCCAGCAGUUCACAGUCGCAGGAGGAGAAACCCAGCCAGGGCCUGAAUAAUCACCAUCAGGAUGGCAGUAGCGGAUCCACGCGGGUUAACCAGCUGGAGCAGCGAGUGGAGAAGCUGGAGGGAUUGGUGCAAAAUCAACAGCGUACCAUCGAGGAGCUGGUAAAUGCCCUCAAGUCCGAGGCGGAGCGCGUGAAGAUUCUAAGGAGCGAACUGGACAAAUACGCGCAGUGCGUGACGCAAGUUUGAGCCAGCUAUGGCUGCCUUUUAGCUAGCUUGAGUCCUUGAUUUGUUUUAGCGUGCUAAAGAAACUCUACAUUCCCAGGCCCAUAGAACGUAGAACGUAGAUGACCGAACCCAAGACAAUCCCAAAUAUCUGUGCUCUGUGUGUUCUGUACUUAUAUAUAUAUAUAUAUAUAUACAUAUAUCCAGAAUGAACUACUAUCCCAGAACUGGUGUGUUGCGAUCAAUCGGUUUUUGCAUGCCAAAAUCGUUUCGUAUUUGCGCUAAUUCUUUUCUGUAACCAUUCCUCCCCUUGAUAUAAUCCCUGUAUAUCUGAUAAUUUCGAUAAGUAUUUUUAUACAUUCGUACAUUCGGAGAGCGAACAGAAGAGGAAGACGGACAUUGUGUGUGAUUUCUUUUAACUGAACGCUUCGAUUCGAUUGCGAUUUGUUUUGUUUAUAUAUACGAUUUAUGGAUUAUUUUUUAAAGAUGUGUAUUAAAGUUAUGAGUAAAACUGUACUAUAAACUAUAUACUAAACGAAGGAGAGAUAACGAGAGAGAGAAAUAUAUACAAAGUUCGAUGAUGAUGAUGCCUAAAACUUAAGCAAUAUCCAAUAAAUAAUGCAAAAUAAAUAUUUCAAUGUUUUCUGAA